CUCCCCAUGCUCCUGCCCUCGGCCCACAACUGCUAGGAAAUUCGAAAGGCAAACAAAUUAUUUCGAGCUAGACCUCUCGUGAGAACAUCUCGAAAGCACUAACCGACAACCUCCUCUUUCCAGCAAAUCCCUCCCUCCCCCGCCAACUGAGCCAGUACCGCCAAAAUGGGUCGCGUUCGCACCAAGACCGUUAAGAAGUCCUCCAAGGUCAUCAUUGAGCGGUACUACCCCAAGCUCACCCUGGACUUCGAGACCAACAAGCGCAUUUGCGAUGAGAUCGCCAUCAUCGCCUCCAAGCGCCUCCGCAACAAGAUUGCCGGAUACACCACGCACUUGAUGAAGCGUAUCCAGCGUGGCCCCGUCCGCGGUAUUUCCUUCAAGCUCCAGGAGGAGGAGCGUGAGCGCAAGGACCAAUACGUCCCCGAGAUCUCCGCCCUCGACUUCACCCAGAACACCGAGAGCGGCCAGCUCGAGGUCGACGUCGAGACCAAGGACCUGCUUAAGCACCUCGGCUUCGACUCUAUCCCCGUCAACGUUACCCCCGUCGCCCAGGCUCAGGUCCAGGAGCGUGGUGGCCGCCGCUUCGGCGACCGCCCUCCUCGUCGCGACUAAAUUAUCUCUGAUUCGGCUCAGGCGAA